GUCACUGGGCCAGAGUCUACACAAGCCCAAGACACUGAGCAACUACAUUGGAUAUUCCCACAACCAGAGACUCAUCCGACAACAGAAGAGCAGUUGAAAGCUGAGGUUCACGCAAUCUAUGCUGGCCUGGCUCUGGUGGAGGAGAGAUGCAUUGGCCACCAACAAUCAGAUCUAGCAAGCAUACAAGAUCAGUGGCAGGUUUUGUUUUCCUUGCACCGGAUUCUGCUUGAUGAACAUAACGACUUUUUUUUUGCCUCGCAACACCCAUCCGCAAGCCUUGCUUUGAAACAGUUGCCUGAGAAAUACGCCAUGCCAGCCCGGAUGUGGCGCUAUGGAAUCCAUUCCUUUCUUGAAUUGAUGCGGCAUCAACUCCCAGAUUCAUUAGAACACCUUCCCAGCUUCUUUCAUCUGGCCUACUCAAUGAUAGCUCUGCUCCUCGAAAAUGUCCCUGUUUUUGAAAGUAUAUGGAUUGAGUGUCUUGGUGACUUGGCUCGCUACCGGAUGGCCAUUGAAGACUCUGAUCUAGCGAAUCGCAAGAUAUGGGCUGAUAUAGCCAGGUAUUGGUAUCACAAAUUGGCUGAUAAGAAUCCAAAUCUUGGCAGAAUCCAGCAUCAUUUGGCUGUUCUGGCUUGGCCAGACAUGCUCCAACAGCUUUUUAACUAUACCAAAAGUUUGGUUAGUGUCUGCCCAUUUCCCAAUGCUGGAGAGAGCAUCCUCUUACUAUUUGAUCCACUCCUU